UCAUUUCUAUCUACGAUAUCUUCACAAAACGACGUUUAAUCUUAAUAUACAAUACAUUUCUAUAAUGCCCUGAUCAAAGGCUACAAAGCAAUAUUUAUAUCACAUGAAAAAGUCUAUGUUCUACUCACUUCAAACUGUCGCGUCUUCUUGUCAACUGUCGAGCCGAAAGAUGAUGCACGUUGCCUUGGGCAACGAGCUGGAAUAUUUGAUGCAUUUUCUGCCGCCGCCCAUAGCCGUACGAAACCUAACUUAUUAUUAUUAUUAUUUACAUGAGCAGAUUGCUCUCGAUGAGCUGUAUAAUUUGAUAUGGAUAAGACAAUAUCUAGACUAGGUUUUCGUUGGUUACGGGUAUGCCAUUGCGUUGAGCAUGAAAGUGCUCAACUUCUUGAAUAAGUUUGUGGCCACUUUAUUCAUCAACUACAGA